GGCAAAAAGGCUUGAAAUUUCUUCUUCUUUUCUUCUUAAAUCACAAGAUUUGGGGCUUAGAAUCUUCCCUCUCAACCAGAAAAAUCCCAGAUGUGCUCUCUUCCUUCUGCCGCGAGCCCCUGUAGCUGGGUGGGUGAGAUUUUCGGUUAUUUUGGCUUCCCCUGCACUGCCGCCGGCCUCCCUCCCCCAAACCCGCCAGCUCCGGCCUUGCUUAUUGAAUUCCGCCGGGCCUUAGUGCUGUUUUGCCAAGCUCGGUUCCUCCACUUUGUCCAUUGGAAGUUUCCUGUUGAAAUGGAGGAGUUUUGGCAGCCUUAAAACAUGGGUUUUAAGCUUGCUUAAUGUAGAAAAUUAGCUUAUUAUGACUGUUGUGAGAUUUUGGAGAGAAACCCCGUGAAUUAGUUAUUGUUUUGCCAAUUUUGGAAGUUGAAGAUACUGUUCAUGGUACUGUUCAUGGUACUGUUCACACAUCGAGGGUCAACGAUUAACGGGGAUUUAAAUGUUUAGUUUGUGAUAUAAGAAUAAAUUUGGAGAUGUCUG